AUGGAUGAGAUUGACGGAUUCUUCUCUAGUUAUCCUGAGUUUGACUACGACAGGUCAGCAUCGUCCCCUCGAGAGUUCUAUCGUAUGUGCGAUCAAUUCGGCUGGCGCAAGGACAAGGAUGGCCUUUACCCACGAGAGGGACAGACCGCGCAUGCCGAGUUUAGAAAAGCUAUGGUUAGGGGUUUCAACAGCGGCUUCGGUGUUGAUGUGAACAGCCCAGCUGCUUGGGAAAGCAUGUGUCAUCUCCUUCGUAUUUCACCCGUGCCGGAUACGCUGCAAGGCAUGAGGGAUGCGGUCAAAUCGAUAUACGUGAAUCUUUCUGAUUUAUUGGACGGCCGCCGGUCAGGGACGAGGAUCCGCACCUUCGAUACCCGAGAGGAACUCGCUGCCUACACGAUUCGUGAGGGGCGGAUCUUCCCCAAGAAAGAAGCGUACGCCGGAGGGAUCUUAAGAUAUCUACUUAGAGAGAUCACUGGAACAUAUGAAGUCCGCCGGGCUGACGCCACCCGAGGUGGCAGAGGAAGGAGCGGCAGAGGCAGAGGCAGCGGUGGAAAGAAAAAACAGUAA